AUGAAGAGAACCCAAUACCGGUAUCAACCCUUGCGAAAGAAUGAUACCAUCCGAUUACUGAUAUUGGAUCCUGGGAAAGGAAGUGAUCCGUUGACAGGAAGGCUCACGGAAGAAUGUCCAGAUUCUGCGGGAAGUUAUGACGCACUUUCGUAUGUCUGGGCAGAUCCAGGCCCAUCAAGUAGUGCAUACGAGAUCCUGAUUCGGGAUGAGUCCAGCAAGCCAGGAUUCCUGAAGCUGAAAGGGGGCGCGAUCUUCGCUGCCCUGCGGCAGCUACGUCUUCCGGACCGGUCGCGUCGGAUCUGGGCUGACCAGUGUUGUAUCAACCAGGAUGACACGGUGGAAAGAAGUCAACAGGUUCAAUUCAUGAACACAAUCUAUCGCGACGCGGCUCAUGUCUUAGUAUGGCUAGGGUUAGACACGGAGAAGCAGGCUGCGCCGGCUUUCAGUUUGGUACGCGAACUCGAUGAGAGGCUCAAGACCUUCAUCGGUGACUCUCCUCAUGGUUCCGAUACAUUUGACCUAGAGAGAUCUGUCAGACAGAACUGGAAGGCUCUCAAGGCCUUGACGGGCCGCGCGUGGUUCAAACGUGGGUGGAUUGUCCAGGAGAUAGGAACAUGCACACCGGCAACGAUGCUCUGGGGUGACACCACGAUGGACUGGGAAUUACUGGCCAGCGUUUGCGAGAGACUGAAGUGUUACCACCAUCUCCGCAGUACACUGAGCAUCAAUACGUCCGACAUUUCAUUCCUUUUCCGACGUUUUACGGAGCCAGACGAAAAUACUCACCAUGCGAAUCGAUAUAACUUCGUGUACGAGCUUCAGCGGGCGCGGCAUCUGCGCUUCAGCGACGACAGAGACCGGGUUUUUGCGUUCCUCGGGCACUUUUCCACCCACUCGCUUCAUCCUCUAAGCUUGGGGCCGGUGACAAUUGCAGCCGAUUACACGAAGACUGUUGAGCAGACGUACAUCAACUUAGCGGUGCAGAUAUUACGAGCGAACCCGGAUGCGGCAUGCAUUUUGUUAGCAGCAGUACAACAUCCGCGGCGACUUUCUUGGGAUGCAAAUCUUAAGAAGAGGGCUCCUUCUCGCCACAGUCUCCCAUCCUGUCACGAAACGCCAAUACAAGCGGAGUUAGCCAUGGAAGCAUGGCGUUGGGACAAAUAUACGCUGCCAUCUUGGGUUCCCGACUGGAGAUGGUCCGAAGGUAUAAUCCUUGCAGAGCCAAUAUGUCCGCACCGCGCCCAUGGAGAUUCGACCACAUCGCUUGAGAUCGUAGAGCCAAAUGGUCUUAUGCUUAAAAUUCAUGGUGUGGAGGUCGAUAACGUGGAGGUGUGUUCACAAGCGUUGCUGGCUGAAGACUUUUACAACAAAACGAUGCGCAAUCAGUCUCCCACUCUGAUAGAAUGGCUAUGGAAAGAUAUCUGUGGUAAGACACACUUCAGCCUGGACGAAAAAUAUCUCAACGACCAGACAGCCUUCUUCGCGUUUAUGCAGACGCUCAGCAAUGGUUGUGUACAGGCUGCAGGACAUGAGUGUAGGCCAUACCAUGAGAUCCCGGAUCACGUGUGGCUGGAAAACGCAGCCAGGUAUGUCGUAGCCACUCUAGGAGCGUCUGGCGAAGUGUCGGAAGAGAUUUGGAGACUUGGCACAGGCGCAGAGCUUGAAGGGGACCAUGAGAAGUGGAGUCGAUGGGGAGCCUCGGCGUCAGAAGGCCGUACUUUUGCAAAGACGGAAAUGGGAUAUUAUGUACUCGGCCCGACGGCAUUGGAAGUUGGAGAUGUCGUUUGUGUUCUAUUCGGCAGCAAGGUGCCGUUCUGCCUUAGGCCCAUGGGCAGGCGUUACUUGUUUGUGGGUGAAUGCUAUGCUCACGGCCUGAUGAAAGGAGAGGCAAUGGCAAUGUUAGCUCGGGACGAGCUUCAUGAAAAGGUAUUUGAUAUUGUUUAA